CCUGACCGAGAGUAAAACCAGCCGGCUCUCGCUCGGUGCUUCCCUCUCCCCACCCCCGCUCCCCUCCCUCCCCGUCUUCCGUGAGGUCAGAGGAGACUCCGCCCAAUGCAAGCCGGCCUCAGGCUCUGGAGACCGCGAGGGCGGAGUUAAGAGAAAGCUCAGAGCCGCGCAGCGCCGGAGUUGAGGCGGCAUCAGCUGAGGACGGAGCGACGGUCGUGGCAGGAAUUAGUUCCUCAAGAUGGAGGACGGGAAGCCUGUUUGGGCUCCACACCCAACUGAUGGGUUUCAGAUGGGGAACAUUGUGGACAUUGGACCUGACGGCUUAACUAUUGAACCUGUCAAUAAAAAAGGCAAGACCAUUUUUGCUGCUAUCAACCAAGUCUUUCCCGCAGAGGAGGACAGUAAGAAGGAUGUGGAGGAUAAUUGUUCACUAAUGUAUUUAAAUGAAGCUACCCUCUUACAUAAUAUAAGAGUUCGCUACAGCAAAGAUAGAAUUUAUACUUAUGUAGCCAACAUCCUGAUAGCCGUGAAUCCUUACUUUGAUAUACCAAAACUUUACUCAUUAGAUGUUAUUAAAAAGUAUCAAGGCAAGUCACUAGGGACGCUGCCACCUCACGUCUAUGCAAUUGCUGACAAAGCCUUCCGCGACAUGAAAGUGCUCAAGAUGAGUCAGUCAAUCAUCGUGUCGGGUGAAUCAGGAGCUGGCAAGACAGAAAAUACUAAAUUUGUUUUACGGUAUUUGACUGAAUCUUAUGGUAGUGGACAAGAUAUUGAUGACAGGAUUGUAGAAGCCAAUCCACUGCUAGAAGCAUUUGGAAAUGCAAAGACUGUUCGUAACAAUAAUAGUAGUCGUUUUGGAAAAUUUGUAGAAAUCCAUUUCAAUGAAAAGAAUUCAGUUGUUGGUGGAUUUGUGUCACAUUAUCUCCUGGAGAAAUCCAGGAUUUGUGUUCAAGGCCCAGAAGAAAGGAAUUACCACAUAUUCUAUCGGCUCUGUGCUGGAGCCCCUGAAAAUAUAAGGGAGAAAUUGUAUUUAAGUUCACCAGAUAACUUUAGGUAUUUAAAUCGUGGGUGCACUCGCUACUUUGCUACUAAAGAAACUGAUAAGCAGAUUUUACAGAAUCGCAAAAGUCCUGAGUACCAAAAAUCAGGUUCCCUGAAGGACCCCCUACUAGAUGACCAUGGAGAUUUUAAUAGAAUGUGCACCGCAAUGAAGAAGAUUGGGCUUAAUGAUGAAGAGAAGCUGGACCUCUUCCGAGUGGUUGCUGGUGUUUUACAUCUGGGGAAUAUUGAUUUUGAAGAAGCUGGCAGCACAUCUGGUGGAUGUACACUGAAAAACAAAUCUGCCCAGUCUCUGGAAUUCUGUGCUAAACUACUUGGUUUGGAUGAGGAUGAUCUCCGUGUGAGUUUAACCACCAGAGUCAUGCUGACAACAGCAGGGGGCACCAAAGGGACGGUUAUCAAGGUUCCAUUAAAAGUAGAACAAGCAAAUAAUGCACGCGAUGCUUUGGCAAAAACUGUCUAUAGCCACCUCUUUGACCAUGUGGUCAACAGGGUAAAUCAAUGUUUCCCAUUUGAGACGUCAUCUUUUUUCAUUGGUGUUCUGGAUAUUGCAGGUUUUGAAUACUUCGAACACAACAGCUUUGAACAGUUUUGCAUUAAUUACUGUAAUGAGAAGCUACAGCAAUUCUUCAAUGAAAGGAUCCUUAAAGAGGAACAAGAACUUUAUCAAAAAGAAGGUUUAGGUGUUAAUGAAGUACAUUAUGUGGAUAACCAGGACUGUAUAGAUUUGAUUGAAGGAAAAUUGAUAGGAAUCCUUGAUAUUUUGGAUGAAGAAAAUCGUCUUCCACAGCCAAGUGAUCAACAUUUUGCUUCAGUGAUUCAUCAGAAACAAAAACAACAUUUCAGGCUAUCGAUACCCAGGAAGUCUAAAUUGGCUGUUCAUCGAAAUAUUCGUGAUGAUGAGGGAUUUAUCAUCAGACAUUUUGCAGGAGCAGUUUGCUAUGAGACGACCCAGUUUGUGGAGAAAAACAACGAUGCUUUGCAUAUGUCUCUGGAGUCCCUUAUAUGUGAAUCCAAAGAUAAAUUUAUCCGAGUACUUUUUGAGUCCAACACUAACAACAAUAAGGAUACUAAGCAAAAAGCAGGAAAACUAAGUUUUAUCAGCGUGGGAAACAAAUUCAAGACUCAGCUAAACCUGCUUCUGGAAAAGCUUCGUAGCACUGGGUCAAGCUUUAUUCGAUGCAUCAAACCGAAUCUAAAGAUGACCAGUCACCAAUUUGAAGGUGCUCAAAUCCUCUCCCAGCUUCAAUGUUCAGGCAUGGUGUCUGUUUUGGACUUGAUGCAAGGUGGUUUCCCAUCACGAGCUUCAUUCCAUGAACUUUAUAACAUGUAUAAAAAAUAUAUGCCUGCCAAACUGACCCGUCUAGAUCCGAGACUCUUUUGCAAGGCUCUCUUCAAAGCCCUUGGCUUAAAUGAACAAGAUUAUAAAUUUGGAUUAACCAAGGUGUUCUUUAGACCUGGCAAGUUUGCAGAAUUUGAUCAAAUCAUGAAGUCUGAUCCAGAUCAUCUUGCUGACCUGAUUAAACGUGUGAACCACUGGCUUCUCUGCAGCCGUUGGAAGAAGGUUCAGUGGUGUUCUUUAUCAGUUAUCAAAUUGAAAAACAAAAUCAAGUACAGAGCAAGUGCCUGUAUUAAAAUACAAAAGACAAUUCGUAUGUGGCUAUGCAAGAGAAAGCAUCAACCACGCAUAGAUGGUUUAAUAAAGCUUCGCACACUGAAAGAGCGGCUAUAUAAAUUCAAUGAAGUAGUAACUGCUCUGAAAGAGGGAAAGGCAGAAAUGAGCAAGCAGGUCAAGGAACUUGAGAUGUCCAUUGAUGCUCUGAUGGCCAAGAUCAAGGCCACUGUCAUGCCUAGACAACAGAUUCAGAAGGAAUAUGAUGCCCUAGUGAAAAGCUCUGAGAAACUUUUGAGUGCCCUUCAGAAAAAGAAGCAGCAAGAGGAGGAAGCCGAAAGAUUGAGACGUAUCCAACAAGAAAUGGAGAAAGAAAGGAAGAGGCGUGAGGAAGAGGAACUGCGUCGGAAGAAGGAAGAGGAAGAAAGGCGACUGAAAUACGAGAUUGAAGCAAAGAGAAAACUGGGAGAAGAAGAAAGGAAAAAGAGAGAGGACGAAGAAAGAAGAAUUCAGGUUGAAGUUGAGGCUCAGCUGGCCAGAGAACGCGAAGAGGCGAGUCAGCAUCAAGCCGUUCUCGAACAAGAGCGCAGAGAUCACGAGCUGGCUUUGCGAAUUGCUCAAAGUGAAUCUGAGCUCAUCAACGAUGAGGCUCAGCUGGACCCAAGUUUGCGCAGGGAACAAAUGGCCAAAGAAAUGUCAGAAUACCUAUCUAGGGGACCUUCAGUUCAAGCUACCAAAGCUGCAGCUGGCAUUAAAAAGCAUGACCUUAGCAAGUGGAAGUAUGCAGACCUGAGAGAUACAAUCAAUACAUCUUGUGAUAUUGAAUUGCUGGCAGCUUGCAGAGAGGAGUUUCAUAGGCGGCUUAAGGUUUACCAUGCUUGGAAGGCCAAGAACAAGAAACGCAAUACCGAAAUGGAACAGCGGGCUCCCAAAUCAGUGACUGAUUAUGAUUUUGCACCAUUUUUGAACAACUCAACUCAGCAGAAUCCAGCAAGUCAGUUGUCCGUUAAACAGCAGCAAGACAUCGAAAUGAACCGACAACAGCGAUAUUUCCGAAUUCCUUUCAUCCGCCCAGCAGAUCAAUACAAGGAUCCUCAGAAUAAAAAAAAAGGCUGGUGGUAUGCUCACUUUGAUGGACCAUGGAUUGCUCGUCAAAUGGAACUUCAUCCUGAUAAGCAACCCAUUUUGCUAGUGGCUGGCAAGGAUGACAUGGAGAUGUGUGAGCUGAAUCUCGAAGAAACUGGCCUGACUCGUAAGCGGGGUGCUGAAAUUUUGCCGCGGCAGUUUGAAGAGAUUUGGGAACGCUGUGGUGGAAUCCAAUAUCUUCAAAAUGCAAUUGAGAGCAAACAAGCUCGGCCGACCUAUGCAACUGCUAUGCUGCAGAACUUGUUGAAAUAAAUCGUUAUUUUGCACCUUCUGAGUACAGCAGAACUUUUAACAUUCCAUAAUCAUGUAGAGAUGUUUAAUAUAAACUGGUUUUAUUAAUGUGUCGAUUUUUAGUUUGUACUUUUGAUGUCUUAAUUUGUGUAGUGAGCUCAUUCAUUCUCAAGAUCUAUUUUUUUCUUUCAGUCAAGUAUGUUCUUUGAUUUAGGCCAGCAUAUGAUAAUAUAAAUAAUACUGUAAUAUAGAGCAGAACUGGUAAAUCUAUGUGUCUCCUGCUGUGCUGGGUUCCAACAUUUGUCAACUCCAGCUAACAUAGUCAGUGCGAUGGGGUAAAAGUCCAGCAGUAGUUGGAGAACUAGAGACCCCCAUCCCUGAUAUAGCAUAACACACUACCAAUAUGUAGUUUAGAAUGAUCCAGAAUGGCAUUUUAUCUUCUGUAACACACUUCCCAGAUACUAUCUGGAAAAAUGAGUUUCCACAAAGUAGAAGAAGCAGUGUUUUCUUUACACUAGGCUAACUAGAACUGUGAGGCCUUAAUGUUCUUAACAUUUAAUGUACAGAAGUUAAAGUAGACUCCUAUAAAGGUGAAAGAUAACCCUUCACCAUCACUUGCAAACAAGCAUGUUGGGAAAAUAUGUCUUAAGGUAGAUCGCAGGGUGUCAUAUACUGAAUAUAGAAAAACUUGAGCCUGAAGUGCUUUAGCAAUUCAGAACUGAAAUGAUUUGAUGCACUUUUAAGCAGUUGUGCAUGUGUGUGUUUGUCUUCUUUUUUAAACUGCUUUAUUAUUAUUUUUACAAAACAGGUUCUUUCAGACAAUUCAUGUUUACUUUUUUGUCAUAAAUGUAUUGGGAAUCCUUUUUCAGUUAAAGUGAAAUAUAAACCACAGAGGUGGUUCAAUAUUUAUCCCUGCAGAUAUUUAUGGCUGGAACCAUCAGAGAUAUGAACUCCAUGAAUUAUGUCACCAAGGUUGAAUUUGAGUAUGGGGACCUGUGUUGUCCUUCUAUGCAUCACUGAAAUGAAUAUGGAUUAAGUAGAUUUUUUUUCUGACUUCUGAUGAAUUAGUAGAAUCCUGGCAUUUCUUGUUAUAUCAUGCUGCUUCAAAUUGUUUAAGGUUUUUCCCCCCUCUCCUAAUCUAAUAGAUCUUUUCUUGUUGCUAAUCUCCCAAGUUCAGGUUUUGUGGGCUUUCCUUUUUUUUUUUUUUUCCCCCCCUUUUCGGCAGGGUUUCCUUAACAGUAAUUAAUAUACUUAUAACAGUUAUUUCUUUCAGACAGUUUUAAAUUGCCUUUGGUUGAUGUUGCAAAAUGAGCUAAUGUCAGCAUAACAAAUCUUGGUGUUAUCACAGUUUUGGGAUCUUUAGAGAAAUUAAGAAAUAUCACUUAAUAAAAAAAAAUACAGAUCACACUAGGAGAAAGUUUCUUUCCUUUAUUAGAGUAAUUUCGUUUCUCAGCUCUGAUUUUUAAAUCUUCAAAGAAGAAUUUAAAAAGAAGAAUGAGCUGAGUUCUCAUUGGCUAGUAAGUUUUGACCAGAUUGGGUGUAAAAAAGAAAACAUAUUCAUAAAUCUAAGCAAUAUUUGUACUAUAUUUAAGAUUACUGAGAUCAUCAGUUUAUGUAUUCAGAUGUGUAAGUAUCAUUCUCAGACCCAAAUGAACCAGUCCAAAUGUAGGCAGCUUUGACAGCUUUAGGCUAAACUUGGUGUAUUGUCUACCCCAUCAAGAUAAUCAAGAUCAGAUUUGUCGAAAUCAAAAAUAUAUUUCACAAGUAAAAGCUCUUCAGCUUGCAGUAAGGAUAUAAAGACAGCAGAAGAGAGUAAAAAAGGGAAUGCAAGCCAAGUCAUGAGUGUAAAUCCACUUAGGGGGCGUUGAAUCCAAAUGGAUGUUUGCAUAUCCUUUUGGUUUGGUUAUAAAGUUCAAGAAAUCAGAAAUCACGCAAAUGUUUUUUUUUUUUAGUCCAUGGAUAAUGCUUGACUAGGAGAGCCUAGAAGCCCAUGUCUCUACCCACAAAAGCCUCCGAUGGCAGAAUAUAAGAUUAUGUUCCAUUAAAUACACAAUCAUUAGGUAGAAAGGUAUGCUCGAGGAUGGAAGACAGGUGUGCAGUCAGAUAGUUUUCAAAAUUGUCCCUGUUUGCUGAAAUUGGAUUGCAUAUGUGAUUUUUCUUCCCCGUUUUGAAAUUAGAAUUUCUUCAACAUCAGUCUUUCUGCAUACCAUGUGUUUUGUCCAGCUUGUGAAAGAGCUGCUUGUUGUAAUGCAUCACUUGCCCUAUCACAAUCCUGUUCUUUUUCUCUCUUUUCUUCAAAGCAUCAGACUUGCACAGAAGAACUUCUGCUGGGUCUCAUGAAAAGCCUCCAAAGGCUGUAGAUUUGUAGAAUCCCAUAGUAAAAGCUCUGUUUAGAUUGGUGAUGCAAGAAAAUAUUUAUAUGUUAAAUCCAUAAAGGACUAGUUGACUCUGAUUGAUCUCAACAUUCUAAUCAGAAUAAAACCUAAUUAAUACUGGAUGGGAAGCAGGGAAUAACAGGGAAUACCAGGACUAGGAAGGUGGGGGACAGUGGUGGCAGACCACUUCCAUAUUGCUGCUACAAAAAAUUACAUGAAGCUGAGUUUGACUCGAAGGACUUGACUUAUAUAUAUAUGUUCAUCACGGAUCAAACCCAGCUUAUUUCCUUGGUUCAUUUGUGCCUUUGGUUUCAGUGGGAGGCUGCGUUAAAGGCAUCGCAGGACAUCAGUGUUUUUAUGUUGAAAUAUGAGGGGGAGGUUGAAAUUUUUUUCAGUAUAGCAAUUAAGAGACAAAGUUGUUUCAUUUCUUGCAUGGAAACUAUGACUCCGUUGACAGUCCCCAACUGUUUUGCUUCUAAUUAACAAUGACAAUAUCCUUUAUGCGUGGAAAUGCAACAUGGAGAAAUAUUGAUUGGAAAAUUAGUUUUCAAAGAGAGAGAGAAUAUGGAAAAAAGGCUUAGUGCUGCUGCUAUAGCCAAACCCAGAAUCCUCUACAGUUGUACUGUUUUGUAAAACUUAUAGACUGUGUUGAGCACCUCGAUCAUAGCUAAAGCUAAAGCAGAUGGCCAUUUUUUAAAAUAAUAUUUGAGGACUCAUUGUUGCUCUCUGAGCUUGCUUGUUUUCUUGUGGACAUUUCAUUACCCCAGGUAACAUCACCAGUGCUAGUAAGGAGUGCUGUUUCAAUAUUUCUUUAUUAUUCUGGAUUAAUUUGAUUGUCCUAGAUGUGUCUGCAGUUACUAUAUCAAUUGGCUAGUAUAAGGAGUUGGCACCUUGAUGCAAAUUUUCUAAAUUCCCAUUAUAAGAGGAAUUGAAUUUAAAAAGAUAUGACAUUGUUUUCUAUAUAAUAUUUAUUUAACAGAUGCCACUAUCUCCAAUUAAUCUGGUGAAUAAAAUACACACUGCAUUAAUACGUUUGGCAGAUGCAUAUAGUUUCUCUUUUUUGCCCCCAACAUCUGGCCAGAGAUUUCAGCAUAAAGAUGAAUGAAAAUGCCAGUUCCUCAACAGAAAAAAAUUAGAGACUGGUUGCUUCCUGUGUAUUUGUGACCUUUCUGAUAUGAAAGCCCCAAGAUACAAAAGUAGGUACAUCUCCAGAUAAUACAUUUACUUGUGCAUCUGUGAUGUGGUUUCAAAGUACAGGGAGUCUUGGGUGGCGGCUAUUCUACCUCUGCAGACCGUCAUAUUUGCUUAGCUUUGCUAAAUGAGGAAUAUACAUACAUCAUCUACUCUAAAUCUCAUAAAAUAGCAAUCCUAGUUCCAUGACCAAGUAAAUAAGAGUAUCAUGUAAAAGUUUAGGUACUGCUCAUCAAAUUUAAUAUUUCAGUAUACUACAUGAACAGAAGCUGACAAUUUCUAAAUAGUAUAAAGUUAAACACAAUGCCUUUCUACAAAAUUCAAUUGCAUACUUAAAUAUUUAUGUGUAAAUGUUUAACAAGCCAAAAUAAGGAAACAUCUUUUUAAUCAGUAACUGUAACAUCACCUUUGUCAGAAUAGGUUCCAAAUAGCUAAGAAUUUGUCUAUUCUUGUUUUAGAGUGUUUUUCCUACUCUUCCUUGCAGAAAUAUCUCUCUUACAUGUUACAUGAUUGAUUGUCACUAUUAUUCAGUUCUGAGGGCUAUCUCCCUCCCUUCACAUCAUGCCUGAUGUGAAGAUAAUUUUAGACAAUUGCCUUGCUGAAAUAUCUAACUGAAUAUAGGAUAUUAGCUCUAAAAUUCAUUGACAUUUACUUGAAUCCAUCUUUUCGCCUGUCCAAUAUUUGCUGUGCUGUGCAGUAGUUGAUGUGCUUUGCUUUGCUGUGCUGUACACAACUCCAAAAUAUUUUUCUUCAAAUGCUUCACUAUUUUUGUCCAAAUUCAUCCCAUGUUGGCAUGGCUGACCAGUUAAGUGUUCAUCAGUCCAAAGCAUUUUAUUUAAAAUAUUUUAGGCUUAUCAAGGUUUUCUUUUGAUAGGUGAGACUUUUGUGAUAGUUUUAAUAAAAAGAUUAUCCUUCUUCCAUGAAGAUAACCAUAUAUUCAGUGCUGUUAUGGAGAGCAGCUAUUCCAGAGACAGCUUAAUCUUUCAGCUGGUCUUAGUAAACAAUAGUUGAUAAGUGUAACACAUAAUAGAUUUUCUUUCUUUUUUCCUUUCUUUUCCUUGUUUGGGGUUUGCUCUUUUCUAUUUUUUUUAUUUUAAGAUUGAAGAUCAUUUUGCUAAUUGUGUAUGCAUAAAAUAAAUUCUGAAAUAAUUCUUAAGUUAUUUCCUGUGAUUGUGAGUUCAGUGCAAAUCUGAACAGUUUUCAAAUCGCUCUAGCAGACAUUUUGUUUGGGCUUCCAGUUCUCACCUUGACAUCAACAAUUCCACAUAACUUCUGUAUCUUAACAGUAUUUUUAGCUGGAAAGCAUUAGCUGAAAGCACUUAAAGAUUUUGGUAUAGUCAUCCUCUUCCUUGAAAUGUGAAUUAUCUUCAUUUGCACAUAAUCGGAUCCCUGCUUAGAGCUCUUAGUUGGUAAAAAUAUAUAGAACAUUUAUAACCUGAGAGGUUAGAAAAGUCAGAAUAUUUUUCACCUGUGGAAUUGGUGUCUCCUGGCUAAAUGUAAAAUACACCUGACAAGUUAACCACUUUCUGGUUAUCUCAUUAACAACUUUGCAGUUUUAGAAAAAGUAGCACCGAAUCAAUUAGAAUGGUGCCCAAAUUUCUCUAUCUGCCAUAUAAACAGUUUACUUAUUUUCGUUUGGUAAAUAAUGGUACGAAAUACUUAGGUAUGCAUUCAAAUAUGUAGAAAUAUGUCAUGGUUAAUAUUGUAUGAUGUAGAGAUUGUGUCAGCUUCUAUUCCCUUAUGUAUUCAUUGAAACAUAUGUCGACCAGCAGUACCUAAAUUUUGCAUGCAAUUAUAAGCCUGCAUACAACUAGCAGUUCCCUGAACAGUACAGGAUUCUUAAUAUUACUUUGGAAAUGUUCUCAUCUGUAAUUGUAUCUCUUUCAUCUCUGGCUUAUUUCCUACUAAACUGUUCCAAGUACUUUGUCAAAUAACUUUGAUUGUGUACUGCAAAUUAUAACAAAAUAAAUUCACUCUGUUGAUCUU